UUGUGACAUUGUGAUGGCGGAUGAAAGUGAUGGUUUUCCGCUUCAUAAAGCAGUAUUCGAAAAUGAUUUACCUAGUCUCUCUCGUUUAAUAAGAAAACACGAUGUGGCCUCAAAGGAUAAACACGGUAAUACUGCCCUACACCUGGCUGUUAUGCUAGGAAGGAAAGAAUGUGUUCAGCUGCUUUUAAAACAUGACGCUCCUGUAAAAGUUAAAAAUGGUUUAGGUUGGACCGUUUUGGCGGAAGCUGUGAGCUAUGGAAAUCGACCCACAAUUUCUUCUUUGGUUAGAAAAUUUAGGCAGCAAUCUAGGGAACAAAUGGAAGAAAGAAGACCGAAUUUAGUAAAAGCUUUAAGUAAAAUAGAUGACUUCUACAUGGAGUUAAAAUGGGACUUCCAUUCCUGGGUACCUUUAGUUUCUAGAAUCUUGCCUUCUGAUAUAUGCAAAAUAUAUAAAAGUGGGGCAAAUAUUAGAUUAGAUACAACCUUAGUAGACUUUUCUGAUAUGAGAUGGGAAAGAGGAGAUAUAUCAUUUAUUUUUAAUGGACAUGCUAAACCAAAUGAGAGCCUGACUGUAUUAGAUAAUGUAUCUAAAGUAUAUCAAAAAGUAAGGCAUGAGGAAAGCGAGUUGGAAAUAGAAGAUGAAGUAGAUCUGUUAAUGUCAACAGAUAUUAUGGCAGCACAAAUCUCAACGAAGAGCAUAUCGUUUGCUAGAGCUCAAUCUGGUUGGAUUUUUAGAGAAGAUAGAAAGGAGUUAGUUGCUGGCCAAUAUGAAAGCGACUUAUACACAGUCCACGGACUGCAUUUGGAAAGUCGAAAACGACGAGAGCAUCUGUCAUCGGAUGACCUACAAAAAAUAAAGCAAUCCUGGAAACCCGUUCGAAGAAAUAGUUUGAUUCCCCCACCGGAUAAGAAAGUAACCUGGCCAGAGUACGUUCAGGCCGAUGUAAAUAAUUAUCCUAGGCUAGGACGAGAUCUGGUGUACAAAGAAUCCACAAAAGCGUUUAAGGCGACGAUAGCAAUGAGUGCAGAUUUUCCUCUGUCUGUGGAAAUGCUCUUGAACGUCUUGGAAGUAAUAGCACCAUUCAAACAUUUUUCUAAAUUGAGGGAUUUCAUAACGUUCAAGCUGCCUAACGGGUUUCCAGUGAAAGUUGAAAUACCGAUUUUGCCUACCGUGACGGCCAAAAUCACAUUCCAGCAUUUCGAAUUCAGAGAUGACAUUCCCAAGCAUCUGUUUAUGAUACCAAAGAACUAUGUUGAAGAUCCAACAAGGUAA